GCCGCCGCCGCCGCACUGUAAUCAUAUGAUAAGGAGCAGCUCCCCGCGGCAGCGCAGCCACACACCGGGCACAGCGGAGGGGUCACGGCGGAGGAACUAGUUCUCUCAGCUCUGCAGCCAGCCCCACACCAGCGCAGCGGAGGAGGCUGAAGUGUCAAAGCAGAGCCGCAUCGCCCCCUUUAACGGAACUUUGACCAACUAACUCCGGAGUUUGUCUCGCUGAGAGUGUGGAGGGGGGGCCGGUUCCGGGGGGAGACAGCAGGUCGCAGCGGCCGCAGCACCGGGCGGACUGAGCGGAGAGAGGAGCGGCGGUGAGCGGGUCGCGGCUGGCGGAGUCCCCUGGGAUCCUCGCGGCGCCCUCUCACUGGAGACAACAUCACAAGUUCCCCCUGCAAGCCGGAGUCAUGGUCGGAGAGACGGAGGUGAAGGAGAGACCCAAGUCCAACCCGGACUACCUGAUGCAGCUGAUGAACGACAGGAAGGUGAUGAGCUCGCUGCCCAACUUCAGCGGCAUCUUCACGCACCUGGAGCGGCUGCUGGAUGAAGAAAUCGGCAGGGUGCGCAAAGACAUGUACAACGACACAUUGAAUGGCGGCAUGUUCAACGGCCGCGACAUGGAGGAGCUUCCCGAAGCCAUCGGCCCUGUGGCUCAGCUGCAGGAGAAGCUCUACGUGCCCGUCAAAGAGUACCCCGACUUCAACUUUGUUGGGAGGAUCCUGGGCCCACGGGGACUGACCGCCAAACAACUGGAGGCAGAGACUGGCUGCAAGAUAAUGGUGCGAGGAAAGGGCUCCAUGAGAGAUAAGAAAAAGGAGGAGAUGAACCGAGGCAAGCCCAACUGGGAGCACCUCAACGAGGACCUCCACGUCCUGAUCACGGUGGAGGACACGCACAACCGCGCCAAGAUCAAGCUCCAGCGGGCCAUCAACGAGGUCAAGAAACUUCUCGUGCCCGCUGCCGAGGGGGAGGACAACCUGAAGAAAAUGCAGUUGAUGGAGCUGGCCAUUCUCAAUGGGACCUACAGAGACGCCAAUGUCAAGCCCACCGCCGGCUUCCCUCUAGCGACCCCUCAGGCGCCUCGGAUCAUCACAGGCCCGACGCCCGUCCUGCCUCAAGCUCUGCGUAACCCCGCCCCCGUCUCCACGCCUACCCUCAUGCCGUUGAUCCGUCAGAUCCAGAGCUCCGCCCUCAUGCCAGGAGGCAAUCCACAUCCCGCACUGGUGCAGCAAGGGCCGGAAUCCGGGAUCAUCUACACGCCCUACGAGUAUCCCUACACACUCACGCCCUCCAUAUUGGAAUACCCGAUUGACUCAACUGGAGUUUUAGGUAUGGCUUUCCCAACCAAAGGCUAAGCAAUAGCAACCCUUCUUAGCACACACGGACUGGCUUGCAGAGAUCCACCCCCCUACCCCCUACCCCUUUGCUCCCUCCCACACACACACUCCCAUACAUACUUUUCCCUGAGAGCAAACACUUGGUUUGCUGAUACUUUAGGAUGACAGAUUCCUCGACAGUCAUUCUGUAGUCAAGUGUCCAUUCCUGUUAAUUUCCUCUUUGUAUUAGCAGACUAGCGUUGUGGUGUGACAGCUAUUUAACUGUUUUUUUAAUAAUUCAGCUUCCGCUUGUAAUUUUUAACACAUUUUUAGUAAACCCAUAGUUGUUUUUUUUUUUGUUUUUUUUAGAGCUGCUGUUUGCGAUUUAACAUUAUGGUAAAGCUUACUUUGAUCACAGAGCUAGAGAGUGACUUUGCUUCCAGCUGAUUUCGAAUCUACUAGUGCAGCUUAGUGAGAAAUUUGCGGUUUGGAUUAAUAUUUUCUCUAGAGAACAGAAGACCACAAAACAACAACCAUUCUGUCUCUUAGAAGCAAGGUGUGUUUUUUUUUUUUUUCUUUAGUUUUUUUUACUUAUUUUCACCCUCAGCCUUGAAGACUGUACAUUUCUGGUUUCACUGAUGUUGGUGCCAUGGGUGGACUGUCUGAUGCCUUUCUGAUGAGUAACCUUCUGUGUUCUGUUUUGGGAAUGUUAAUGGCUGUUAGCAGGUGCCAUGACCACUAAGGUACGACGCCACGACAAGAGAAUCCAUCCUUACCAAAGGGUAGUGACCACAGACAGAGGUUAGUUAGCUCACCAGCCACCUGAUGUGUAUGUGUAUAUGUGCGUGUUAGUGUGUGUGCAUGCAGACCAGUGGACCAAUCUCAAUUUACAUGUGUCUGUAAUACGGCAUGCCUUAAAAAAAAAGUAAGAAAUAACUGCAUCAGGCGCAGAGGUUGCAGGCAGGAGCAGCCUCGCUGCCAAAUGUGAAGCAGUUUUUGUCGCAGUGACAGUGAAAUAAGCGAGGAUACCGGGGAGGAACCAUGUUAGGGGUGACAGCUGCAGCGGUUAUCUGUGCUCGCCUGCUAACUUAAACUGGAAGCCUAACGGGCCGAUACCCUCUCAAUUAGAAUGGAUCACUCCAUUCAUGUGACCCGGUCCUCGUGACUCCGGAGUCCUGUCUCUGAAACUCUAAGUCACUGUUUAUCUCCUCAGUACUGCCUCUGACCACAUAAAUACCGUGAGAAGUUCUAUUUAUACUCAACUUCAUUCCACUAGAUUUCCGCAGGUAUUUUGUUUUUUUAAUUUUUUUAUAAUGAAUUAAAACCUGUGUAAUGCCCCACUUAUUACAUGACACUUAAAGAAAGUAAAACUGAUUGUCAUUUUUUCUAAAGGUCGUUCAAGUCAUCCUGAUCUUUAGGUUUUACUACUAAAACACAGCGUGUGAUAACUACUGAAGUCUGUGUUACAAGCUCUUUUGUAUGAAAUACUGUUGUUUGUGGUCUUAUCAGUCGCCCACUGGACUUUAUCAUUGGGGCUGUUUACAUAUUUCAUUUAUUUCCUAGCCAGAGUGGUGCUGUUACCAUGUAUUUAGCUGCAAAAUAAAUUUGUAUAUAGGGAUUUUAAGGAUUUAAGUGCUUAUAUGAAGCUUAUGGAACAAGAUCGCUUGGAAAUACUUGUAGUUUUUUUUUUCUUUUUUUUUUUAUUUAGUUUUCAAAUUUUUAUUUUUGUUUUUAUGAUAUGCUUUUUAUAGAUGAAGUGUCUCCAUGUAAACUUUAUUCAAAGUGUGUAGCUACUACUGUUUUAGCCACCGUGAAGGUGGCAAUGAAGGCAGUGUUUUGCUCUGUGUAUUUAAGAUGAGGUGACCUUCUCGAUUCACAGGCCCUGUGACUGUUAUAUGCAAUAGAAUGGACUAGCUAGCUACUAUAUAUGUGUGUGAGCGGUGAUGCUCCUGAUGUACACAAUGGAAAAAAAAAAAAACACUAAAAGGCAAUAAAGAUGAGUAUUGAAACAAGCCUCUAAAGCAAACCAAAGCCUCUAAAUUCUUGUAGUUGUUUAAAUUGUUUCCGAAGUCACUUUAAAAUCACCAUCUCUUAACCUCUCAUCGCUGUCUUUAUGGUGCCUCUUUGCUUACUGUAGCUGUUUCGGUGCUCCUCUAAUACUUCAUAGCAAACAAAUCAAGCCAUAAUCAAUAAUCAGUUAAUCACAACUGUUAAUCAUGAAGAUUUUUUUUUUUUACGCCUGCUGCUAAACAAUAGCUCUACGUGUCAGCAAGUGUAAGUCUGUGUGAGGUCCAGGCACUUUUCUUUGGACAUAAAGGUCACUCUCUCACCCACGUGGAACCAUGCUGUCUCCCUCUCUGUCCAUGGUUUCACUGUCUGUCUGUGCUAAACGUAGCCCAGCUAGCAUGAGUAGUGUCACUAUAGCAGCAGACUCACAGCGGGAAGGGCGUCUCCCAAUACCCCGCAAACACCUUCAUGAGCACAAGUGAGCAUCGCUAACCAGCCAUUCCUUAUGUCAACACCCGCUGGUUGAUGUGAGCUCUUGUGAACGGCUAUGCGGCGCUCAUGAAGGGGUUGUGCAGCGCUGAUGUAACGCCCUUCGUGCUGUGCGGCUGCUUUAGAUCUGCCUUGUUGUCAUCCCGACGCCACUAGCUGACACUAAUCUCUCUUCUAUCUUUUUUUCUUUUUAUGUCCCCUUUUAUGUGCCCUUUUUUUGUUUCCUUUCCUCGUC